AAUAAAUGCAUCAAAACUGUUUCUCAACUAGUCCCGGCAGCAGGGCUGCUGGGAUUAGUACUGACGCUUUAUCCCAGAUUAACACCAGUGGAAAGGGAGGGUGGUUUAUGAGAGUGUCAAAGCGUCAAUAUCCUUCUCUAAGACAUGGAGAGAAUUUUGAUUCCCCAAUAAGGACACCCGCUACUCUACAGCAUCCACAACCAUCAGAGAUGGCUGCUGAGAUGGAUAAGUACAGCUCUCUAGGUAAGCUGAAGAGUUCUUUGGUAAAACAACUCAAAAAGAAAAUCCAGUAUGAUUGAAAAUAAGAAGAAAAGGAUUAAACCUUUGCUUUUGAUGACCAAGCCAGAUCCCGUUGCUAAAUCGAAAAUGUUCAAUUUUCGCUCAAGCAGCGUUGAGAGGAAGGCAGUUUUGAACAAAUUUAAAGAGAUCAGUGAGAUUGGGUUUCAAACCUCCAGACCAAAGCCGUUUCAGACCAGCAUUAGGAAGAAAGCGCCUACAAAUUAUACAAUAAGCAUGUCUCCAACCACGGCUGAUAAGAGAAACUCUAGUUUUAUAACCAAGCGUUUAUCUCUCCAGAAGCCACCUUCGAACUAUCUAGAUUCUCAGAGGCCUAAGAUGACGCCCCGCUUAUUCUUCCGUGACUUGCACAAGAACAAGAAGAUAGAGGAGCUCUUUUAUAAAUUUCAGGAGAAGGACAAGAAAUCCAAAGUUUGUUCGUACAUUUUAUUCAAUGGGAAUAUGAAGCCCUUGACUGACCACGAGCAUCGUUACAAAGACUGUAUUGUGAACCGGCCAAGGGAUUACAAGGACAAUCCUGUGAAUUACAUGGGCGACAACAUCAACACUAGCAUCAGGUCUUUUCUUAAGAACCAUCGUAAUGAUGCUGAUAAAGGAAUUUUUGACGACUUGAGACCAACUGAGAAUUACCAGAAGUAA